AUGCCUCAAAAUGAGUAUAUGGAAAGAUGGCGCAAGCUACAUGGUCGCCGCCUCGACCAUGAAGAGAGAUCGAGAAAGAAGGCAGCAAGAGAAGGCCAUAAAGCUUCUGAUGAUGCCCAGAAAUUGACUGGUCUACGUGCGAAAUUGUAUCAACAGAAGAGGCGUCAUGAGAAGAUUCAAAUGAAGAAGCAAAUCAAGGCUCACGAAGAACGAAAUGUGAAAUCUUCUGCGCCAAACGAACCUUCGACCAAACCCUUGCCACAAUAUUUACUCGAUCGAUCGAACCCUACCAAUGCUAAAGCUUUGUCGAGCGCAAUCAAGAACAAGAGAGCAGAAAAGGCUGCUAAGUUUAGUGUGCCUUUACCUAAAGUCAGAGGUAUCGCAGAGGAGGAAAUGUUCAAGGUGGUGAAGACUGGAAAGAAGACCGCGAAGAAGAGCUGGAAGCGUAUGAUCACGAAGCCAACUUUCGUUGGUCCCGACUUCACAAGAAGACCUGUUAAAUAUGAGCGAUUCAUUAGACCUAUGGGGUUACGUUAUAAAAAGGCAAACGUCACUCACCCAGAGCUCGGUGUGACUGUACAGCUACCUAUCAUCAGUGUUAAGAAGAACCCACAGAAUCCAAUGUACACCCAAUUGGGUGUUCUCACUCGAGGUACUAUCGUUGAGGUCAACGUGUCUGAUUUGGGUCUGGUUACAGCUGGGGGAAAAGUCGUUUGGGGUAGAUGGGCACAGAUUACUAACAAUCCUGAAAACGACGGAUGUGUUAACGCUGUCCUUCUCGUCUAA